AACUAUGCCAUUAACCGAUGGCCCCAAUUCCUCCAGACUCCGAUACGCAGAAGUCGUCGACGUUCGUUGACGAGAAGAGACGGAAUGAGAGUUCGCUCCGCGAUUUGUCACCUCCUGAUAUCUUAUCAAGCCCUAGCAGCACUUGCGGUCGCAUUAGACGCUUCAAAGCUUCUUCCUUCGGACACCGACGCGACUUCUCCCCUCUCCUCUCAUCUCUUGAAGGAUGUUCUGAAGACGAUCUCGGAGAAGCAAAGUUGGAAUUUGGAGGAAAUUAGGGUUUCUAAUUUGGAUGUUAGAAAUGCUAGAGUUGGCACGUCCCAGAGGAUCGAAAUUGCGCUUCGUAUGGGGAAAAAUGACUUGGUAUUCAAAUUUUUGGAUGAGGUGCCUUUGUGGACGAAUAUUGGGAAACGGGGUGAAUUUGCAUCCCUUCUUAAGGAAUUUAGCUCGAAGACUGUGCUCAGUACAUUCAAAUUCGAAGGGCCGUUCGAAUUACGGGUCGGCAGAAAUGAUGAUCUAUCACUAACGUUGCCGAUGAAUGUCACUCAUACUGGUUUAAAACGGUUGCUUGUUGGUGAAGGCAUUACAGUGGAAGUAGAAAGAGCUCAAGAAAUCUCUCUGUUUCAUGCAUCUCUUUUAGGCUUAUCAUUCAAUAGAAGUAUGGAGAUUAAUAAUAGGAACCAGUUUUGGCCCUUCAGGCCCUCAUUUUGCAUGCCUUUAGUUCCUAUACACAUUUCAGGUUCUGCAUCCAUGGUUGCUUACAGAACCCGUAACUCCAAUGCCUACAUCGAAACUACAUUCCCAUCCCGGGAUACAAUUGAAUUGUUGCCUGAAAAGUGUUACAGUAGACAUUUCCAUAAGAAGCAAACUUUUCCCAUGGAGUCCCUUAGUUCGAGGGUUGCUCUAUUGGAAAAUCUCUUGGGGAACUUUCUAGGUGACAGGAUCUUCAAGAGUAGUAUGUCGGGAUUUGUUAAAGCCAAAAUUGCAGCAUCAACUCUAGUCCGUUUCCAGUUGGAACUGGAAAGAGAUGUUAGGGUCAAUGAUACUUUAUGGCGUACGUUGGCAGAAUGGAGAACAAAACCGACAGUUGAACGUGUUCAAUUCCGAGUAUUGGCAAGAGUGGAAGCAGAAAGGCUGAAGCCAUUGAUGGUAGAAAAGGUGAAACCUUACAUUGGGGUAGAUUCUGCUUCAUGGAGCAACAUAAUGUCCAAUAUUUCCUUCACAAUGUUUCCAUCCGUUCUCGUCCCUCCUGAGGCCUUGACGUUGGACGUCAAGUGGUAAACCCAUGUAUUUGGGUACAUUUACAAAUCUGGCAAGGCAAUGUGCUAUCUAUUUCAUCUAUUCCUUCUUGAUCAAUGAGAGAGCUGGUGGUUAGCGUGCUAUGCAUUGAAGGAAUUUGCCUUCUACUCUGGAGUCUAGGCAGUUGGACUCGUAGAUAAAAUUUUUCGCUCCAGAGUGCUGCAUGCUUCUCUUUUGUAAAAUAUUCAUAUUCAUGUUAUCAGAAUUUCGCUUUUGAUGUGUAAUUAUGGCUGUGAAGUUUCACUACACAAAAAUUAGGCAGAAACUUGACGUUUAUUAAAAUAAAAUAUUAAUAUAUGAUCCAAUUUCAGCA